AUGUCUUCUGCCCAGCAACGUCUCACUCAGGUCGCCUCCCACUUCGGCGCGGGCGGCAAGAAGGGUGUCGCCGCCAUCACCGAGAAGCACCCCAAUGAUAUUGUUGUGACUUGUGCCCUGCGUACUGCCCUCACCAAGGGCGGUAAGGGUGGCUUCAAGGACACUGCCGCUGCGGAUCUGCUCGCCGGUGUCUUCAAGGGCGUCAUCGAGCGCAGUGGAAUUGACCCCAAGCUCGUCGAUGAUGUUGCCGUCGGUUCCGUCCUUGCCCCUGGUGGCGGUGCCACCGAGUUCCGUGCUGCUGCUCUCGUGGCUGGUUUCCCCGAGACUACAGCCGUCAAGAGUCUGAACCGUCAGUGCUCCAGUGGUCUGCAGGCUAUUGUUGACAUUGCCAACGCCAUCAACUCUGGUAUGAUCGAUGUCGGUAUCGGUGCUGGUGUUGAGAGCAUGUCCUCUCAGUAUGGCCCUGGUGCCGUCACCGAGUUCUCCGAGCUCCUCGAAAACCACAUGGAGGCCGCCAACUGCAAGGUGCCCAUGGGUGUCCUGUCCGAGCAGAUGGCCAAGGACCGCAACGUCACCCGCGCUGCCCAGGAUGCUUUCGCCGCUGCUUCCUACCAAAAGGCCGUCAAGGCCCAGAAGGCUGGUCUCUUCAACGAGGAGAUCUACCCCCUUCAGGUCAAGUGGACCGAUCCCAAGUCCGGCGAGGAGAAGACUAUUACCGUGAAGGCCGACGAUGGCAUCCGUGACGGCAUCACCCCCGAGUCUCUGGGCAAGAUCCGUCCCGCGUUCGCCAAGGAUGGCUCCAUCCACGCUGGUAACGCUUCUCAGAUCUCCGACGGCGCGGCCGCGGUCCUCCUGAUGAAGCGUUCCACUGCUGAGCGUCUCGGCCAGAAGAUCCUGGGCAAGUACGUUGCCGCCAGUGUGGUCGGCGUGAAGCCCCUUCUCAUGGGUAUUGGUCCCUGGAAGGCCAUCCCGGUGGCCCUCGAGAAGGCCGGCAUCACCAAGGACGACGUUGACAUCUACGAGAUCAACGAGGCCUUUGCCUCCCAGUGCGUGUGGUGUGUCAACGAGCUGGGCCUGCCCCAGGAGAAGAUCAACCCCAAGGGCGGAGCCAUCGCCUUCGGUCACCCUCUCGGUUGCACCGGAGCCCGUCAAAUCAGCACGCUGAUGACGGAGCUGCAGCGCACCAACAAGAAGAUUGGUGUGACUAGCAUGUGCGUGGGUACCGGUAUGGGCAUGGCUGCCGUCUGGGUUCGCGAGUAG